UGAAACUGUAAACUGUUUAGAAGAACCAGAAUCUAGCUACCUCUUCAGAAAGUUUCCUUUCAAAUUUUCUCGCAAGCCAAUUUACGGAGAGUCCAAAGGAUAAGAAGAUAAUUCGAAAUCUGAGCAAUUGCGAGUCAAUAGAAACGAGGGUUUUGCCACUACCUCCUUAGAUUUAGGAUCCAGAAAAACUUUGCAGGUCCUCUCGGAUUGCUGCGGAGAUCUUCAGGAUGAUAUGUGUAUGUCUCCGCUGAUAUUUGAAAGCUAGAAAGUUACCAUUCAUGAUGGCAGGUACAACCUGCAAUCUCCUAUGUGAUGGCCCCUUAUAAAUGGGCGGCAGUUUGUUCCUUGUUUAACUCUAUCUAUUGGUUACAAACUUUAGUCUUACUGAAGUAAUUUGAGGUGUGAUGGAACUCUGAAUUUUGAUCCUUAAUGAUCAAUUUAAAUGGGAGAUCCGUUGCGUGCAUCUGGUCCAAGUAGGAACUCUGAACUGAGCAGCCUUACUUCUAGGAACAAGGUUUCAAAUCGAAGUUUAGUUGCCUCUGCUCAUAAAGGUUUCUUGCAAAGUGCUUCUAGGAGCAUAGCUUCACUGCGCCAAGGAAGAAAAUCUGGUGGGGUAGCAGGUGAUGUAGCAGUAUUUUUACUCAAAGUUGCUGCAUUAGAGACGGUGCGACGGGUUUCUAGGUCUAGGUGUCCCUUUGUAUGGCGCAACAUUCAGGGAUUGCAAGUUCUUUGUUAUCCGCCAUUUAAGUGGAUUCAGAGAUGGGCUCCAUUCAAGGGGUUGAUUGGAAGAAUACAGAUUUUUUCAAGACCAUUGUUAGUCAUAUCAGUAGCGACAGCUUUUUCUGAUCCAUAUGCCUGCCCCGUUGAAACAUCAGAUGGUAGUGAUAGUUCUCAUGCUGAUUCAGGAACAGGUGCUGAGCCACCCCCAGUGCUGUCUACACUGGACACCAGAAGUUCUGACGAAGCUCUUGAAAGUCCUGUAUCUGAAACAUGGAUGAUACAACUCCAUAAGGAUCUCAAAAGUCAAGGAAUCAGUUUACCUGAAAGAAUUAAUGAGGAUGAGUUUGUUCGAUUUCAUAAAGCUGCAAAUGGAGACUAUUCUGUAUUGCUACCAGCAAUUAAAAAGACAAUUCUGUGGAGGCAGACUUAUAGAAUUCUUUCAGAAGAAGAGCUUGAGACAUGGUCAAAUAUGGUCUUCUGGCAUGGAGUUGAUUUGAUGCACCGACCUUGCCUCAUUGUACGGCUUGGACUAGCUUGCUCGCUCUUACCACCUCAUGACAAACCUCGCUUUGCUCAAGCAAUCAUAUCUCAGGUGGAGCAUGGAGUCCUGCAUUUAGUCAAUGCAGAUAAUCCUUACAUAACAGUUCUGGUGGAUUGUGAAGGAUUAUCUCCAUUGAGAAUCCCCAUGCAAACGAUGAGAACCUGUUCUUCUCUUCUGCAGCACCACUUUCCAAAUCUUCUUGGGUAUUUGUUUGUUAUACGGCUUCCUCCAAUGGUUCGAGUUAUUGCUCAAACCUUUUUUCAAAUUAUGAAGCCCACCACUCGAAAGAAGUUGAAAAUUGAGGGGGAUAUGUACCACAGGGUUCUCUCUGGGUAUCUUCCAACACUGCCUUCAUAUCUUGGUGGCGAUUGCAUUUGUUCCAUAUGUUCAGACAUAAGCUUACACAGUAUGCAGCAGCCACACACAAGUAAGAGGAACAGAAUAGAGUCGGAUGCAUAUCUUAGUGAUGAUGAGGAUUUGCAUUCACCACAUCUGAUUUAUGAGCCCAAUAUUCCCUCAGUUAGCAACUGUGACUGCGUGUUCAGAACCGCAGUAAUAGGCAUUCUCAUGGUGUGGGUUUUUAUAGCUUUAAUUGCAGGACUAAACGAUCCUGAAAGCCGUCCUUUCUAGUCAUAUUGAGGUAAAGGAGAACAACCUUUUCAUUUACCUUGAUGUUAUAUUUCUCUAAGCAUCCUUAAUGAAUAAUUAUACCAUCUGUCUAUGAUAUUGACAUCGAUCUGAUCCUCAAUAUAAAUAACAAAUUCAGUUGUUCUGCUACAUAAAGAUGCAUUAUUGUCCAUUAUUAUC